CUGAACCACACGUUCACCACACACUUCUUCCUUGAGCAUUCGCUAGGUGAGGCGCUCUGGAGCGGACAGACCCGAUCCACCCAUGAACCGGCAGCACUCGCAGAACCAUUCUCUGAUGAUAAACAACAAGAGCUGCUGUGUGUUCCGGGACGACUUCAUUGCCAAUGUGCUGCCACCGGUGCUGGGGCUGGAGUUUGUGUUUGGACUCCUGGGCAAUGGCCUUGCUCUGUGGAUAUUCUGCUUCCACCUUAAGUCCUGGAAAUCCAGCCGGAUCUUCCUGUUCAACUUGGCCGUGGCUGACUUUCUCCUCAUCAUUUGCCUGCCGUUCCUGACAGACAACUAUGUGAGGAAGUGGGAUUGGAAGUUUGGGGACAUCCCUUGCCGGCUGAUGCUCUUCAUGUUGGCCAUGAACCGCCAGGGCAGCAUCAUCUUCCUCACGGUGGUGGCCGUGGACAGGUAUUUCCGGGUGGUCCAUCCUCACCACUCUCUGAACAAGAUCUCCAAUCGGACAGCGGCCAUCAUCUCCUGCUUUUUGUGGGGUGUCACCAUCGGCCUGACGGUUCACCUCCUCUACAAAAACAUGUUGACCAAGAAUGGGACCGCGAAUCUGUGCAGCAGUUUUAGCAUCUGCAAAACCUUCCGGUGGCACGAUGCCAUGUUCUUCUUGGAGUUCUUCUUACCCCUGGGCAUCAUCUUGUUCUGCUCUGCCAAAAUCAUCUGGAGCCUGCGGCAGAGACAACUGGACAAGCAUGCCAAGAUCAAGAGAGCCAUCAACUUCAUCCUGGUGGUGGCCAUUGUCUUCAUCAUCUGCUUCCUGCCCAGCGUGGCCGUGCGCAUCCGCAUCUUCUGGCUCUUGUACACCUCGGGGACGCAGGACUGUGAAGUGUACCGCUCAGUUGACUUGGCCUUUUUCAUCACCCUCAGCUUCACCUACAUGAACAGCAUGCUGGAUCCACUUGUGUACUACUUCUCCAGCCCAUCCUUUCCCAACUUUUUCUCCAUGUUGAUCAACCGCUGCCUCCGGAAGAAGACAUCUGAUAAGCCAGAUAAUAACCGCAGCACCAGCUUGGAGCUCACGCAGGACAUGAGUACUACCAGGAGUGUCCCGAACGCCUUAAUGGCUGACCCCAGUGAACCAUAGAGCCCCUCUUCUCUGGCCCCAUCCUCUCGUUAAAUAACCUCACCAAGAGGUGAGGUUGUCACCAAGAACCAGGAUCUCUGGAGAAACAGUUUGGAUGUUGCACACUAGACCUGGCCUCAAGUUCCAUGGAACUUCCAAAUUCUGAGAAUCAGAUUUAGAGAAAUGGCACGGCAGAGCCAGAGGCUCGGUUGCAAGGUGCGAUCACAGAAAUCUCGAGGAACGGAACGGAGAGUAAAGGCACCUGAAACUUCUGCUUCAUCUCCAUACUUCAUCUCCAUACUUAGAGAAAUGGCACGGCAGAGCCGGAGGCCCGGUUGCAAGGUGCGAUCACAGAAAUCUCGAGGAACGGAUAGUAAAGGCACUUGAAACUUCUACUUCAUCUCCAAACUUCUGCUUCAUCUUCAUACUCCAUACAAUGGCUGAUUGUCCAUUUUCUAUUGCACUGGGAUGAAGCCAGGAAGCUGCCCAUCGGUACUUGUGACUCGUUGGCUUCUUACCUUCCCUAGACUGAGACUUGGGUGACCCUCAGCUCCUAGUGCACUAUCUAGCCUCUUCGUGAACUUCAGAGAGAUAAGAAAAGUCAAGAGAUUGGAGGGGAGUUAUGUUGCUCCUGGAGGGGACUCAGGCAUGGCUAAGCAAGCCAGCAGGUCACCUGAGUUCCAUGGGCACAUUCACCUUUCAGCCAUGUUUUAGCAGAAAUGGGCUAGGUGAAGAGAUUCUUAAGCUUUGGUUAAUAUCUGAGUUUCCAGAGGUGGUCAGAAAGGGAUUAUCCCCAGGAGGGACUGAGCUGAACAGUGUUCUGAGGGAUAAGGAAUGGCAUUUGUGCCACAACCAGUAACUAAUCCAUUCUUCUCUCAUUUACACUAAUUUGAAGAUCAAGCAGUUAAAAGACUUCAGGGAAGAGAACUGCUUCCCACCUGUUUGCUUCUGUCAUAAAAGGGAAAUAUGUGGCUGCCCCGUGGUCAGGAGGGAAGAAUCCUCCUGGUUUGUUUGCUUGUGUUUCUGUACUUAUAAUAAUAUCUACCAUUUUAAUAAAUUUUGA